CAGCAGUACUUCGCUCCAGUCUUUUGCUUUGUAGCCUACCACCGCUUCGCCGCCUCCUCUUUUUCUCCUCUCCCCGCCUAUGCCUGUCCCGGCAAGCAUCCAGCGAAUGUUCGGUCCACCCCCAGACCCCCUGCAGGGAACAGUGAGAGAGCGGUUCCGUUCUGAGCACACAGCAUACUAUUGAAAGCUGCCAAGGGAAGACGUGGAUAAUAAGUGUCGUUGUUGACGUAACCCAGGAUUUUUUUUUCCGGAGGUAUGCCUGUGCCAGACCAGCCAUCAGAGCAGGAGAAGGGAGCCAGUCUGCUGAGUCCAGGUCUACCAUCAUCUAACGGAGAUGGAUCAGACGGGACGGAGACCACCUCCGCUAUCCUGGCCUCUGUCAAAGAACAGGAGCUGCAGUUUGAGAGACUGACCCGUGAGCUGGAGGCAGAAAGACAGAUUGUAGCCACCCAGUUGGAGAGAUGCAAGCUGGGCUCUGAGACUGGUGGAAGUAUGAGCAGCAUCAGUUCGGCAGAUGAGCAGUUUCGCUGGAACAUCCAAGCUGAUGGCCAGAAGGACAUAGAGGAUGAGCUGACCACAGGACUGGAGCUGGUCGACUCCUGCAUCAGAUCCCUGCAGGAGUCUGGAAUACUGGACCCUCAUCAAUACAACACAGGAGAACCUCUUCUUUGCCAGAGUUCUUUGCAGCUCAACUCCACCCCAGAGGCUUCGCUCCAGUACUCCGCCAGCUACCAUAGCAACCAGACCCUCGCCCUUAGCGACAGUGCUGCAGCGGCAACCCCACAGCGCAGUGGACAGGUCGGAGGGGCCGUGCACAGCUACAACCAGGUGACAUCUAGUCGUGCGGCCCAGCAGCAGGCAGGGGGAGGGGGAGGUAGUGGAGGAGACUCCUUCUCUCAGAGCCAUGGCAGUGCCUUUCAUCUGCCUGAUGCACAGCUUCCCACAAUUGGUCACUACUACUCCAGUUCCACCCUGCCUGCCCAGCGUGUGAGUUCCCCUCUGACCGGAGGUGGAGGUGGAGGGUCUGGUUCUCCCAGCAAGCUGCAGCGCCUGGGCUCAGCCUCAGACACACCGGGCUACGCUACCACCCAGCGCCUACCUUCCUCCUCCUCAUCCUCACCCAGCAAACAGUCCCCAGCCAACCGACUCGCCAAGUCCUACAGCACCACUGGUGCUGUGACAACAACAGGGUCUCCGCUGAGGGUGGGCUCUCCACCCAACUCCAUAGCAACAGUUGCCGGGGGAGGGGCUAGCGCUUCAUCAUCCCCACUACACCUGAUGAGUUCGGGCAUAGGGAGCUACGCUACUCUGUCUCCUAAAAGACUGGCUGCUCACCACGCCUCCGACCAGUACAAGAUAUCCCAUGAGCUCUAUGCUACCGCUACGCUACAGAGGCCAGGCAGUCUGGCAGGUUCCAGGGGUUCCUACAGUAAUCAGCACAGUCACUGUGGUCCAGACCUGCGUCCCCUGGGAUCCCCAGACCACCACAAAGAGCCCAUCUAUGAGGACAGAGUCAACCACUACCACAAAGGACCUAUGAGGGGACUGGGAAACAACACUGCCCCAUCCUCCCCCGGUGUCGACUCCGCCUCUUUACAGCGAGCAGGCAGCCACAGCGCCGGAGGAAGCAGCCACAGCGCCGGAGGAAGCAGCCACAGCGCCGGAGGAAGUUAUGGUCGUGGGGGUGCCAAUAACUACACUACAGUGGGCCCAGGCUAUACAGCAGAGGCCUAUGCUACGGACCCCUACACUGCAGAUCCCUACCGUACACUACAGUACUGCCCAUCUGUAGAGUCUCCUUACAGCAAAUCUGGACCAGCCAUGCCACCUGAGGGCACACUGGCUAGAUCACCAUCUAUAGACUCCAUACAGAAAGACCCGAGGGAGUUUGGAUGGAGGGAUCCAGAGUUACCUGAAGUGAUUCAGAUGCUGCAGCACCAGUUCCCUUCAGUCCAGUCCAACGCUGCAGCCUACCUCCAGCACCUCUGCUUCGGAGACAACAAUAUCAAAUCAGAGAUUCGUCGUCAGGGUGGGAUCCAGCUGCUGGUAGACCUGUUGGACCACCGUAUGAGUGAGGUCCACCGCAGUGCCUGUGGAGCCUUGAGGAACCUGGUCUACGGCAAGGCCAACGACGACAACAAGAUCACCCUGAAAAACUUUGGGGGCAUACCUGCCCUCGUACGCCUGCUACGCAAGACGGGAGACGUGGAGAUACGAGAACUGGUCACAGGUGUGUUGUGGAACCUGUCAUCGUGUGACGCCCUGAAGAUGCCAAUCAUCCAGGAUGCAUUGGCCGUUCUGACCAAUAGCGUCAUCAUCCCCCACUCUUCCUCCUGGGACUCCUCCCACAAUCUCCAUGACGACCGCAAGCAACACACACACACCUCCCAGGUGCUCCGCAAUGCCACCGGCUGCCUCAGAAAUGUGAGUUCUGCUGGAGAGGAGGCCAGGAGGAGGAUGAGAGAGUGUGACGGACUGACAGACUCCCUCCUCUACAUCAUACAGACCGCUCUGGGCAGCAACGACAUCGACAGCAAGACCAUAGAAAACUGUGUGUGUAUACUGCGUAACCUGUCCUACCGACUGGCAGCGGAGACGUCUCAGGGCCAGCAGCUGGGUUCAGAAGAGCUGGACGGUCUGCUGUGUGACGCCAACGGACGUGACGGAGAGACCUCAGGCUGCUGGGGCAAGAAGAAGAAGAAGAAGAAGGGACAGGACCAGUGGGAUGGUGUAGGCCCUCUCCAAGACUCAGCUGACCCUCCUAAAGGGGUCCAGAUGUUAUGGCACCCGUCCAUAGUGAAGCCCUACCUCACCCUGCUUUCAGAGUGCUCCAACCCUGAUACACUGGAGGGAGCGGCUGGAGCCCUGCAGAACCUGGCUGCAGGCAGCUGGAAGUGGUCUGUGUAUAUCCGGGCUGCGGUGCGUAAAGAGAAAGGCCUUCCUAUCCUGGUGGAGUUGUUGAGGAUAGACAAUGACCGUGUGGUGUGUGCCGUGGCCACCGCACUCAGGAAUAUGGCCCUGGACAUCAGAAACAAAGAACUGAUAGGUAAAUACGCCAUGCGUGACCUGGUCCACCGGUUACCUGGCAGUAGCAGCAACAGUACCGGGGGCAGUGGUGGGACUAGUGGAGGUACCGGGGGCCCGAUGGCACCUGGUAAGACCAUGUCAGACGAUACGAUAACGGCUAUCUGCUGCGCUCUGCAUGAGGUCAUCACUAAGAACAUGGAAAACGCCAAAGCACUGAGAGACGCUGGCGGGAUAGAGAAACUCAUCGGCAUCGCUCGCAGCAAAGGAGACAAACACUCAGCCAAGGUGGUGAAGGCUGCAUCUCAGGUGCUCAGCAGUAUGUGGCAGUACAGAGACUUACGCAGCCUCUACAAGAAGGAUGGAUACUCUCAGUAUCACUUUGUUGGUUCUGCCUCUACGAUAGAGAGAGACAGACAGAGACCCUACUCCUCCUCUCGCACCCCCUCUGUGUCCCCUGUACGAACCUCACCCAACAACCGCUCAGUAAGCGCCCCGGCCUCUCCCAGAGAGAUGAUGAGUAUGAAGGAUCGCAAGCCCGAAAACGACUCCACGGCAACCAACGCAGGUUUCCACAGCAACAAAGGAGAGCACACAUCCCGGAAAGACGCCAUGGCAGUCCAAAUCUCCUGUGGAACAUCCACGUUGUUCCGGAACUCUUAUGUAACUGCUAAUGACGACAUUAAACACAACCAGAUCCCUCCUCAGCCCAUGACCAUAGCUCCACAGGCAGACUGCUCCUCUACACCUAUAAAAGAAUACGACACGUUCCCUCCAUCCCUCCCUCCAUCCUUCCCUCCGCCGCAGAACCCUGGCCGCAUGCUGGAUGACUCCUUCUUCGUGCCUCCAGACCAGCCCCUCCCCCAGCCCCCGUCUCAGGCUGCCACUGACCUCCGGAUGCACCUGGGCCUCAAAUCCACCGGCAACUACGUGGACUUCUACUCUGCAUCCCGGCCCUACUCCGAACUCAACUACGAGACCAGCCACUACCCGGCCUCGCCUGACUCCUGGGUCUAGAGACAGGAGUCACAACUUAUCUCUGGUCCUGGAGAGACAUAGGCUUGUGCAGGCUUUAGCUCCAGCCUUGCAGUAACAACACCUGAUUCAAGUAAUUAAAGUGUUAUGAACAGUUGUUUUUAGGAUAUCAGGUUUAUUAGUGCUGGGCUGGAACAAAAGCCUCCAUGGUCCUGUAGCUCUCCAGGACUGGGAGUGAAAACACUGGUGUAGAGUAAGGUGGGAGUGGGAGGUUAAUAUUAGUUACUAACCGCAGCAGAGAUUGAGGGGGUAGAGGAGGGAGGUGCCAGGGGGUUGUUAGGGACUGAGGCGUGAAGAGAGACUGUGCAUGUGCAUGAAUACCACAAUACAUUUUCUUUCUGCCAGUUCAGUUUGAUCAAAGCUUUGUUCCACUGGGAAAGUGAAUGUAUGGAUAUGUCUAAAGGGAGAGAAAGAAAGAGAGGGAGAGAGACAGAGGAAAGAGAGAGAGAGAGAGAGAGAGAGCCUUGAUGGAAAGAAAGAGAGAGAGAGAGAGAGAGAGAGAGAGUGAAGGCCUUGAUGGAAAGAAAGCGAGAAAACAAGUGAAUGAUGAUGGAGGGCUCUUACAUUGACCUUCAGGAAGGAGGAGAAGAGACGAGGUGUUGAGAAAUGGAGGAGAGGAAGAGUGGCGGUGAGGGUUCUUUGGCUAAUCGGGAUGAAAAGCGACAGAACAGAGAAGGGAGAGAGGGAUGAGUGGAAUACACCAAGCUCAAGGCAAGAGUGGAUGUUUACAGGAAAAACUAAGGGAGCAGCUUUCCACCCAUUCAUUACAUUGACUUCUGACUUUCACCUUUCUAUGGAAUGUCCUCUAUUCAAGAAGACUCUUCCAGCCAUUUUAUUUUCACAUAUUUUUUAUUUGUAUUUUUUUAAGUUGUGGAUGUAUAGUAUUUUUGGUGUACAGUACAGUGACAGUUGAGAGACUUGUGUGGUAUUGUGUAUAUUACACGAGUCACUAGCGACCGACCACUGCAUAUUGUUUGUCUGUAACAGGAGAGGCUGAGAAGAAAACACACACCAUUUGGAACAAUGUCUAUCAAUGACCACUGUCUCCCUUUCCCACACCACAUCUGUUUGAACAGCCAGUGGUUGACUAGCAGUAUUGUCUGUUCUCUGAUCACGAAAAAUGUCUGUCCAAAGCAGUUGAAGACCGACUACAACACCGAUGACAUCAUUCCACACUCCUUCUUGACAGACUGCUUUUUCACUGCCUAAACAAUUCGAUGUAGAUAUUUGAAAUAUACGUUUCUUGUUUCUCCGUUUCCACACUCUGAUAUUUUAUUUUGAAGAGACAGUAUUUAAAAGUUCUCAAUUAAAAUGGUUUUGUCAU